GUUAUCAUGGAUCCCUUCAAAGGUCAAGGUGGCAUUCAAAUGCUUCUAACUGCUGAACAAGAAGCUCAACACAUUGUUAACACUGCAAGAAAUUUGAGGACUCAAAGAUUGAAGCAAGCAAAAGAUGAGGCUGAGAAAGAGGCAGCUCAAUAUAGAACUCACAUGGAAGAAGAAUAUCAAAAGUCAAUUUCAGAGACAACUGGGAAUUCAGGAUCAAAUGUAAGAAGGCUUGAUCAAGAAACAGAUGCUAAGAUUAGAACCUUAAAGAAAUCAGGUUCAAAGGUUUCAAAUGAAGUUGUUGACAUGCUACUCAAGCAUGUUACAAAUAUUAAAAUGUAAUAAUUGCCUAUAAGAAAUUGAUGAAGACACCAACAUAAGAAGUCAUCACCUACAAUAAAACAAAGAAGAUUCAUCUCAAGAUUAUUUGCUAUUUAACUUUUGGUUGCAAUUGCAUAAAGACUUAGCUACAAAUUCUUGUCUCCAACAACUAUCACUUGUCACAUGGAAAA